AUGACAUCGACAAGAGGCUUCAACAACACAACACCAGCUAUAAGCGCCAAUUCAACUCAGAAUUUCAAUUAUACCACCAUCCAGCCCCCGAAUCUGCCAUCUCCCCCGCCCAAUCUGCCUCCUGGCUACACCGUCACCAGGCUUCCCUGCAACGCGACGGCAACUCGCAUACCAAAUCGAAAUGGAACUCGAUCCGGUCAGCCACGCUGCAACAACGGCAGCUCCAUCAGUAUCGUGCCCGCCUGCACCCCGCUGCCCAUGUCUAAAACAUUUACUCGCUAUCUGGUCGUUCAUACCUCCACCGUGACGUUCAAAGGACACAGAUCGGACUACAGCCCACCAUUUGCUCCCAUUGCCACACCUAACUACUGCGAUCCCAACAUCUACCCCGCCGUCCCUCGACCGCCAUCCUGGGGUAAGACAUCAGAGUAUCUGGGCGCCAUGUCAAUGGUCACCGAGACCUUCACCAUAGAAGGGAUAUCCAUCACCGCCGAAUUUCCCUUUCUGAAAACAGCAAUCGCCCGCGUUCCUGUCACGACUUUCAUCACUACGGACAAGAACCCUUCUGUCGUCUUCCCAUCGGACCCAAUUCCUGAUUACAGCCAGACCUGGCCUGUUAACGGAGGCGAUGGAGCGCACACACCUGUCGGCGGAGGCGGGCCUGCUCCAGAGUCCUCGGCUCCUACCUAUACCGUCACUGCCGGCCCGACCUCUGUCGUCAUUGGUACACAGACCUUUACAGUGGCUCCGGGAAGCAGCUCAACAGUCACCCUUGACGACGGUGGGGUGUUCACAAUUAAUCCUACCGCCGUUAUCGGGCAGGGAACUACUGUCACUCGACCACCUUCUGUAACGGGGCCAUCCUCGUCAGUCUUGGACGGCAUUCCUGUCACUUCGGCAGGUCUCAAUCUCGAGAUCGGCGGAGGCACAUUCACCAUUCCCACGGGCAAUUCCAAUACUGUCAACGUCAACGGCAAAGUCGUAACUAUCAAUCCAACUGGAGUUACUAUCGGUGGCGACAGCAUGGGCUUCACGAGACCAGCAGCGUCUGAUGUCAUUGUUGCCGGCGGCGAGAUGCUCACGGCCAGGGGCCGCAGCGUCGUUGUUCUCCAUUCCGUCACUUAUACAUAUGGAAGUGGUAUCCCUCCCGUUGUUCAAGUCAUCAACGGUGACACGGUCGCCAUCGGACCCACUGGAGUUUUCGUACAUGGCUCGACACUAGGUGGAGGGAGCGCCGAUCCUACCGACACUGAUUACGAGAUUGUUGGCGGUGCUACCAUUGAAAAGAUUCCUCCAUCCAUGGUCAUUGUGAAUGGCGAAACCUAUGCGGUUGGUCCAGGAGCCAACACGAAAACUCUGGUGGUCGGCGACCAGACCUUGACUGUUGGACCCAUCGGUCUCGUCAUGGCCGCCACCACUUUGAAAUUCCCAUUCGAUGCCUCCGUCACGACGACCAUUGCCGGCCGCGCAACUGGCGAAACCAUGCCCCAGGAAACCGGCAAGGGUGAGGAAGACGCCGCCUACUCGUUACGACCUAACGUCCGCGUUGGUCUUUUGUGUCUCUGCAUUGUUUUUGGCGUUUUGGUUCUCGGCUAG